AUGCUUAAGUCAUCGAUCGUAGAUACCAGGGUGCGCCUGUUACCCUCGCAGAAGCUGCUAGACUUUCUGGAGGAGCACAAGCAGCACUAUCAUGAAGUUCCCAAGAACGUGGCCAAUAUAAUGAACCAGAAGGGCUACUCUUUGCCCCUCAGUACAAAGAUAAUCAACCCCCAGAAGAAUGUCAUAAAGCGUCCGAAGAUUGAUUACAAACUGCUGGAAAAUCUCACAUCCGAUAUAGACGAAAGUCCAGAGAAGCCUGUCGCAACCAACUUACCCGAAGUCGAAGACGAUGAGAAGCCACCUGAACAGCACAAGAUGGUUCUGUUUUUAGAAGACAUCCACUGGCUGAAGGAUACCUUGGAUGAGCUUCGCAAGAGCGAAGUUAGUGAGGUGUUCUUGCACGAGUUAAUCGAGACCUGUGACCUAAUUUUGCCCGAGAAUGAGUUCAAGCCACGCAAUCCGGAUCUGGAAGCACGCUGUCAACGUCUGCGAGAGGAGCAGCAUAACAGAGAGUACCAGAAGAUGACCAAGAACGUGGACGCUGGCCUAAAGAACUACCCCGAGGACACCGUCGCCUAUCAGCUCAAGAGCCUGAACAAACAAAUCAUUGCCGUAGUUCAGUUCAUCUUCUCGGUGGCCGCUGGUUUUACGUUUGGCUUCUUUGGAGUUAACCUGAUGGUGGGACCAUUGCCAUUCGGCUUUCGUAUACUGUUGGGCGUGAUUGUGGCACUAAUCAUUGCUCUGGCCGAGAUGUACUUUUUGGCAAAGAAGUUGCACGAAUAUGAUGAAGUAUUAGAUGCACCGAAGCGCAAACAGGCGCAGGCAGCCACACCAUCAAAGCGUCCGGUUCAGGCCAAGACAAGCGAUGUCCAAACCUUAAAGCCCCAUGCUGAUUAGAAUAUCACAUACUAAAUUUCUUUAUACAAAAAGACACACAUUUUGGAUUAUUUCGCGUUGCAAUUUAGGUUAUAUAAAUAUGUAGCUGUAAAAA